AUGUGGACAACUUCGGGAAUGGCCUUGAUGGCUGUUCUACUUUCAAACUCAGCACUCGCACUCCCACAAGUUCCAGUCACUACCGUCGUCAAGACAGCCACGGUAUACGUUGAAUGGCCUGGGUUUACUGAGGAGUACAAAAUACAAGCUGAGAAAACCAGCACCACAGUGAUUAUGAGCACUGUCUCCGUCAUUCCACAGCCUUUGAGUGUCACAUCCAGCACAUCUCAGCUUCCCUCAGGCAUAUUUUACCCAGGACAAGCAAGUGGAAGCAUUUUCGCUUCUGGUUCUGGCAUCUCAUGUGUGGGUACUGGAUCUGGAUCUUGCCGACCUACUGGGAAGCCUGGUAGAAACAGUACCAGGACGCGAACACACACAAGGACCGUUGACUUUGGGUCUCAAUCCUCAUCAUUCAGCUUUUUUCCGUUGUCGACUAGCUCUUCAGCGUCUGACAUUUCAACAACGAGCAAUGAGCUUCCAAACUUUACCACCGUCAUUUCGAUCCCAGCUCCAACAAGUUCAUUAGAAUCAAGCUCGACAUCUUUAGAACCGUCUUCUUCUAUGUCUUCUGCCUCUUCAACCUCAACAACGACAGAGGCUUCUUCUCAAAUAGCUAUCGCUUCGACACCUUCAAGCACAGGCAUCCCAUUUCUUAGAGGUGUGAAUCUUGGUGGCUGGCUUGUACUCGAAAAGUGGAUGAACGACGAAGCCUUUUCUGGUGCAUUUUCUUCCGCAGUGGAUCAAUACACAUUCGACACCCUUCCAAAUUCCGCGGCAGCGCUGAAAACUCACUGGUCAACUUUCUUCACCGAAUCCGAUAUCAAAACAAUUGCCGCAACUGGUAUCAAUGCUCUAAGAAUCCCCAUCGGAUACUGGGCCUACGAUAACGCAGAUUCACCUUAUCAUACCGGUGCAGACGCAUAUCUUGAGAAAGCCAUCGGGUGGGCCAGAAAUGCAGGCAUGAAAGUCUGGGUGGACCUCCACGGAUCUCCAGGAAGCCAAAAUGGCUUUGACAACUCCGGUCAAAAAGGAAACGUGGACUGGCAACAAGAAUCCAACCUCGCCCGUUCUAUCGCCGUUCUCAAGACCAUGGCCACCAAAUACGGAAGCUUGGAAUACGCAGACGUAGUCGUCGGUCUCGAGAUGGUCAACGAGCCCAUCUCCUACGGAAACAACAAAUUCGCAACCACCCAAACUUGGGCACAAUCAGCAUACACUGCCGUCCGCGCAGCUGCUGAGAACAAAAAUAUGGUCAUCGUCAUGCACGACGCCUUCGAGGGCGCACCGAAAUGGACGAACAUCGCUACCUCGCUCAACGCCGAUCGCUCCUUCGGUGUCGACUCCCAUAUGUACCAGCUCUUCAGCGACGCAGACAACACCCUCACGCAGGCCCAACAUAUUACUAAAGCCUGCGGCUGGGCCGAUGAGCUCGCGUCCGCGAACGCUGUCAUGCCGACGUACGUUGGCGAGUGGAGCGCUGCGACGAAUAUCUGCGUUAACCCCGAUGGUUCGACCACCGCUGGUACUUCAUGUUCUGUAGACGGCUGUCAGUGCCAGAGCGUCGCGUUUGAUAAGUGGAAUGAGGGGAUGGUGGAGCAGGUGCGACGAUAUGUCGAGGCGCAGCUGGACGUCUUUGAGAGCAGUAGUAGUGGGUAUUUUAUCUGGAGUGCGAAGGGGCCUGGUGGGUGGGGGUUCUUGAAUGGGAUUGGGAAUGGGGCGAUUCCGAAUCCGGUUACGGAGAGGAAAUAUCCGGGACAGUGUGGUGGUGGGAAAAGGAGAAGUGCGAGAGGGAGUUUAGGGAGUAGGGGGGAGACGUGGUAG